CCACUCGCUCCGUUGAAUUAUGUGUGGGUAUCAUGUGCGCAUUGCCUGUACACCGCGCGCCGAGCGUUAAGUGCCAAAGGACGACUCGCAGCCGAAGCAUCCUUUCUCGAUCCACACUAGCCUCAUGCUAUAAUCCUCAAGAGGCAGUUCAUCAGCGCAAUACAUUGGCAUGCUUACCGCCAGCUGGCAGCUUGCACCGUCAAGAUGCAUCCGUAAUUGCGCGGACUUCGCGAACAACGCGGACAUCCACAUCAGCAACGUCCGACGGCGCUACAGGAAGCAGCGCUGGCGCUAAAGUCGGGGGCGGUGAUGGCCGGGUGGUGCGGGAGGUGUUGGAGAGGCCGCAGAGGACCAAAUUGGACGCUGGGAACGACCGGGCCUUUUACGACGUUCCCCGGUUCGUUAAACAUGUGGAUGAUGACUUCCUUGCACAAGUCACGGAGCUAUACCGGCAACGUAUUCCACCGGGGGGCGCCGUACUGGACCUGUGCAGCAGCUGGGUGUCGCAUCUGCCGCCUGAGGUGUCGUACUGCAAGGUUGUAGGUCACGGUCUGAACGCAGCGGAACUAGCGCGGAAUCCGCGUCUGGACUCCUUCUUUGUUCGCGACCUGAACCGUGACCCGGACGGUUGGGCGGCGGCCGACCAGAGCUUCGACGCGGUGCUGUGCUGCGUGAGUGUGCAGUACCUUCAGCAGCCGGAGCGCGUCUUCUCGGAAGUCUACCGGCUGUUAAAACCCGGCGGCGUAUGCAUCAUCACAUUCUCCAAUCGAAUGUUCUAUUCCAAGGCCAUAGCUGCAUGGAGGGACGCGACCGGCUACGCUCGGUGCCAAUUGGUGCGCCAAUACUUCCAGGCUGUAUCGGGCUUUACUCAGCCCGAGGUGCUGACCGAAGUACGGCAGCAACUGCAACAGCAGGAGAGCGGUACGGCAGGACGUAGCGGUAGUAACACCAGCGCCGGCGGGUUGCUGUCAGGCUUGCUGGCACCCUUGCAGCGGCUGUUUCGGCGAGGAGGCCCGUCGGAUCCAUUCUACGCUGUUGUGUCGUACCGCGAGUUCAAACCGUAGCAUGGGGCAGAUAUACAUCUGUGCCAUCUACAUCCUCAGGGGCCUCAGCUGUUUUCGAUCCCCUCCCGAUUCCGAAGAAAGCUACCUGAACAUGCAAUUAGAAGUCCACUCAAAUGCGGACUUCUCAAUACUUCUAUCGGUACCCCGCCUCACCUGUACUGACCAGAUCUAGCGACUGCAGGAGGUUCUUACUAGCGGUGGAUCGACAGCGCUUCACACGGCCGGCUGUCGCGACUGGAUGGGCUACCAACUGCGGCAAACGCACCUACCCCGCUAACCGCGUUCUGGUUACAGCUAUGUCUCUGCAGGCCCCUCGGCCCUCACUGCGCCCACCCACAUUGGGGGACAGCACGACCCGCAGCAGCAGUAGCAGCAGCUGCUGCUGGGGGGGCAGCAAAGCAGCGCCGGCGCCUGUAGCAGCAGCGCCGGCGCCUCUAGCGGCACCUUUGCCACCACCAUGCGUCAACACCAAGGACAAUUUCAGGAACACCAACAUCAAUAACAGCAGUACGAACGACCCCACUGCCGCUGCCUGUGGCGGGCCUAGCGUGCGUGGUUGCAGUGGGCGGUGUCGUUUGGGCAGCAGCCGUGGGCGGAUGCUGAAUUGAUGUUACUUACCUGGGGUGACCUCGUGCCUACCCGAGCGCGGAGCCCAUGUCGAAGGGGGUAACGAGGUUGGGGUAAACGUGCAUGGGAGCGAGGGUGUUAAGAAAACUGGCCGCGAGUAGGAACGUACUGUGAUUGUCGGAAGAUGAAGUCCUCCGCAGAACCGCGAGGGUGUGCGCUGUCUGCGUGGUGGCUGUUGUAUGAGCUGGAGGAGUGCUUGUACGGAUGCGCCGAUGCGGUUGGGUGCUGGGAUAGAUAGAGUUGGAAGGAGGUCGUGUGGUGAAGGUGACGGUGUAUGGUCAGGGAGGGCGGCACGGGUGGGAGGCGCGGCGCCGCAUGGUCCUGCGUGCUGUGUUUCUCGGUGUUGGUUAUGACCCGUGGUUCAUGGUAGCCAAUUGGCCAUUGGCCAUGGUUGGUCAUGAACCGCUCAGCCGACCAUGAUGCAGCAGAACAGGUGCAGGAAGAGGGCGAAGGCAAGCGGUGCCGCGUCGCGCCUGCUGCGACAAUUUAUGUACGGGACCUUGAGCGUCCAGCCUACAGGCGCGAGGAACCGCCCAUCUUAACUGUUCAUUUUGUAUUAGAAAUCCAGC